AUGAAGGCGACGCCGCUCUCGAACUGCGAGCGGAGGUUCCUUCUGCGCGCCAUCGAGGAGAGGAAGCGCCUGGACGGGCGGCAGUGCUAUGACUACCGGAACGUCCGCAUCUCCUUCGGCGUCGAUUACGGCUGCUGCAUCGUGGAGCUGGGGAAGACCAGGGUUCUUGCACAAGUAUCAUGUGAACUUGUUCCCCCCAAGCCAAACAGGCCUACAGAAGGUAUCCUUUUCUUCAAUCUGGAGCUCUCACCAAUGGCUGCACCUGGGUUUGAGCCUGGCAGGCAAACUGAAUUACUGGUGAAAGUGAACAGACUAAUAGAGCGAUGCCUGAGAAACUCCAAAUGUAUAGAUACAGAGUCUCUCUGUGUUGUUGCUGGUGAAAAGGUUUGGCAAAUUCGCCUGGACCUGCACCUGUUAAAUCACGAUGGCAACAUUAUCGAUGCUGCCAGCAUAGCAGGGAUCGUGGCGCUCUGCCACUUCCGCAGGCCCGACGUGUCCGUGCAAGGAGAGGAAGUGACUGUGUACACUCCUGAGGAACGUGAUCCUGUCCCCUUGAGUAUCCACCACAUGCCUAUUUGCGUCAGUUUUGCCUUCUUCCAGCAAGGGACCUAUCUAUUGGUGGAUCCAAGUGAACGUGAGGAAUGCGUCAUGGAUGGCGUCCUUGUAAUUGCCAUGAACAAACAUCAGGAAAUUUGUACCAUCCAGUCCAGUGGAGGGAUCAUGCUUGUAAAGGAUCAGGUUCUGAGGUGCAGUAAAAUAACAGCUGUGAAGGUUGCAGAAAUGACAGAACUAAUUCAAAAAGCCUUGGAGAAUGAUCAGAAAGCUAGGAAAGAAGGUGGGAAGUUUGGCUUUGCAGAAUCUAUUCCAAAUCAAAAGAUCACUGCCUUCAAAAUGGAGAGUGCUGCUGUUGAUACUAACAAUGUGGAGGAACAAGCAGAAGAAAUCAUCACUAAAGCUGACCCUCCUUCAGAAGUUUUGACCAAACCAAUAUUGCACACUCCUGGGACAGCCCAAAUUGGGGAAGGAAUAGAGAACUCCUGGGGAGAUCUCGAAGAAUCUGAGAGGGAAGAAGCAGUGGAAGAGGAAGAUGAAAGCGAGGCUGAAGCUUUUGAAGCUCAGAAAAUGGAAACUGAGGAAACAAGUACAGUGGAGGAAACAAGUACAAUGAAGGAAAGUAAGGAUGAACCUAUUGUGCUGUCUGACAGUGAAGAGGAAGAAGUUAUCAUUCUGGAACCACAGGAACCACCAAAGAGAACAAGAACACAGACCAGCUUGAAACAAGAAAAUACAAGUAAGAAAACUUUUAACAAAAGGAGAAGAAAGAAGAGAGCUGCUUAUUAAAGCCGUCAUCCCUCCUUCAGAAAUGCUGUACAAAACCUAAUUUGGUCAAGCAUUACUGAACUUAGUGUUGUAGAUAAUUUUAUUUCUUCCCACCCCAUAUCUGGUCCUGCUUUUAUGUAUAUUUUAAACUACUGUACACAGCUUUAAAUAAA